AUGAUCGAGGAAGAUACUGUAGUGCCCAUAAGGGUCCGGCCCGUUGGCGUGUCCUCUUUCGCCAUUGCACCCGAGAACGAAGUCCAGAAGUGUGCAAGAGUGUCGCAGUUGAUGCGGGCUAUGUCAAUUGUGCCACCGCCACCAUGUCGACGUACUCUCCGGUCUAUCAGAAGCGAAGAGAAGCAUUAUCCCGCAACAAAUAGGAGUUCCGCCUGGGUGAGAUUCUCUUCGUCGGCUGAUCGAGCCUAUAUUGCUUUUACCCGGUCCCAAUACUCAGCCGACAGUUCCAAUGUCUGGUCAAGUCCCACUCAGUCGCACAUCUCAAUCGAUCAGACUCUAUACGCCAGCCGUUGA